UCACUGUCACUUUACGUUUGUUGAUAAGUGCCGAUAACUUUACUUUAUCAGUUAUCAAAGUGGAAUAACAUUAAACGUCUUUAUAAAGUAAUUAUACUAUCAGUGCCAGCGUAACGCAAGAUUAAGGCAGUUGUAUUUAAUAAAAUAAUUAACCUAUAAAUUCCGAAAUGGCUUUAUCGAAACCGAUUAUGAAUUUGGUGGCUUCAUACUUGCAAAACCUGUAUUUGAAUCCUAUUAAAACAAAAGCAAUCACAAGCUGUGUUGUGGGAUCAGCAGCUAGCAUUGUGUCACAAGUUGUAGCCGGAGACUGUGUCAGGCUUGAUCCAGUUUUAGCUUUCGGAUUAUAUGGGUUAUUAUUUGGUGGUACAAUUCCCCACUACUUCUACAAUAUAGCAGAAAGACUGUUUCCAGAAGAAGUAGUGGCCUUCCCUCUAGCAAAGAAGUUAUUAUUCGAAAGGCUGGUAUUCGCUCCAUUCAUGCAGGCCUUCUCUCUCUACACCUUGGCCAGGUUUGAGGGCAAGAACCACUCGGCUGCAGUGAAACAGCUGUAUGCUUUGUACUCAACAGUUUUAGAAGCCAAUUGGAAAUGGUUGACACUGUUCCAAGUUAUAAAUUUGGCAUUUGUGCCCCCAAUGCUGCGAGUCCUCUUCAUGAAUUUAGUUGGUUUCGGCUGGGCGAUGUUCCUGGCUUCGAAGAGACGCCAGCGCCAACAGAAAGAGGAAAGGAAGGAGUAAUAAACUAUACUUUUUUACUUUAGGUAUGGUGGGGGCUUUAAACGUGGCAUCAAAUGCCAAUUGCCUAUUAUUAUAAGAGAUAAUUUGUAACUCUGUGGGACCAAGUCAUUGUUAAUAGGUCUAGAAAUUCUAUAAUAUCAAAGACUUAGGUGGAAGUUCUACAUCAGAAUAUAUAAAUAAGAAGAAACUUUUAUUUCUUCUUGGUAAGAAAUUCUUGAAAUUGGUUUAUAAUAAAAUAAGGACUGUUUAACCGUUCGCGGUAACCGAAGACAAUAUUAAGGACUGUUUGUUAAGAGAUAAUAUUUAUAUGUCAGACAAUAUUGAUUAUUAAUAAUUACAUAAAUAGUUGGCGCAUAUCAAUAUCUCGCAGAACAAUUACCUAUCAGCCUUUAUCAAAAAUCAUAUCUUUAUAAUGUUAGAGCGUAAGUUUGAAAGUUUAUGAAUGUUGUUAUUUUUUACGCAUUUUGAGAUAAUAUCAUGUAAUGAUAAAUUUAUAUAUAAGUACAGGUAUUUUAUAUUGAUGUAAAAUAUUAGCAAGUUAAACAUAACUUUUUUUAUCGUUCAUAAACAGUUGUCUAUAGUUUAUAGAGCUGUGCAACUGCAAUAACUUUAUUUUAAUUACCAUUCCGUUGGACUAUAAUUGCUAUGGAAAAAUGUUAUUGCAGGGGCCCGUUUCUCGAAAGGUACAAGCCUUUCCAUGUGCCCCAGGGGCCCGUUUCUCGAAAGGUACAAGCCUUCAUAGCUGGGCAUUAACUCGUUAAUCCGUUAAU